AUGAAUGUUACAAAUUCGUCAUUGAUUCGUAAUGCAUCGAAAGAAGUAGAUUUAAAACAGUUUACCGAACAGACAUGUGAGUAUAUUGCUGYKGGGGGUGCAGGGUURUUCUACGCCGCUAUAUUCAUCUUAAUGAUACUGUGCAUCCGAUAYARCUACUGCCCUAARCCCGAAGCUWGUAAGGUGUUAUUUCUUGUUGGCACUGCCGUUAUGUUACUUCAUAUUUUCACGAACGACAAAUAUGAAGAUAUUCAUGACUUGAAAGUGAAACUAGGUGUUGAGAUCUCGAUCAACAUUAUAAUUGGCAUAAUCACGCUUUUGAUGAUCUUGUGGAAUUUCAAAAAGCGGCCAAGCCUCAACUGCACUGAAAAUUGUCCUAUCCGAUGUUUAAAUCCAGACCAUAAAGAUGACGAGGUGUACAUGAUAAAAMAGCUWAUUCCUAUGAAAUUUGUUGGWCUUGURACUCUCUUAAUCGUGAUCAUUGAAACUGUCUUCUUGGUGAAAACUGUWAARGAAAACCAUCCAAUGAAAGUACUUGUGCUGGCUGGUAAAACAGUGUAUCUGAUUGAAAAGUCAAUCCAGGCAAUCGUUUACUGGUCACUUUGUAAAACGCGGUGUGUGACRGAAGAUAAGGUCAACCAAGCACAAUUCUACUUCAAAGUGAUGUCGUUCUACAAUGGUGUAAUAUGGCUUGAUUSGAUGGUGAACACUGAGCAUGACUUAAUCCUUGCCGACGUUAAAGAUAGCRGGCAACCGUGGGUUAAUAUCUUUGGGACACUGUACAAAGCCUGUAUCAUUGACUACCGCAUGAUGUUUUGCUUGGUGUACUUCGAGCAUGACUUAGCACUGUUUAAUCAUGAAAACGUGCUUGAGGUAAACAACUCGAAAACUUUACAGAGAAGUGGUUUUGUGAACAAUCUCCUCAAUUUCACCUCCAUUGGAUCGUUAUUGGGCUUUCUCUGCUGUGUUUUACAGUUCAGCAGUUUUGCAAACUUCGUCAAAGACUUCGAUACUGGUGCAUGGAUUCAUAGCUUGACGAUUAUAGCUGAAUUCAUUAUCUCCAUUUGUUGYUGUAAACUGCUGAUAAACUUAGCAAGAAGCAGAAACGGAGGAAGUGACCAUAGUGAAAGACCGCACCGUCUUAAACUUGUGUUAUGCUGUUUUGGUGCCGUCGGCUUUGCCUACUGGUUCUACGCUGCAGUUUUUGUGACAAGCUGGGUCACAUCUAACCAUGUUUCAAACGACUAUGUCAGUUGGGUAUGUGCCAAGCUUUGGUUUCGAUKUUGCACAGCUUUCUUUCUAAUCUACACAUUCAAGCAAACGACCGUUGRAAAUAUGACAGCCAGGGCUUUUGUCAAUGUUAAGAGUAAUCACUUUCUUGUUGGAUGCUUGGCUCCUGGCCUGUUCUCGGAGUUUCUUGGUGCUGCACUGGACCAGUAUGUUGGACCAAUUGUAGGGCGAUACAAGGAGGAAGUCACGACAACAAGCUUCAAGAUUUUUCUCGAAGUCGGCCCUGCUCUCUACUUAGCUUUCUGCGUWCAUGCAACUCUUCACUUAUUUUCAAUCCAGAGAAAAAUGAAGGACAAGAUAAAGGAGGUACAACCAGARCCAUACCCCUUGAUCAAUGAAGAUCGUUUCAGUCGACGAAUGUGGUCUGCAUUACAUGAAUUCGAAGAUCCAAGUAGUACAUAGCGAUGAUGAAGUUUUAUUCCAAUCAAGUGAAUCUUGAUUAAUWAAACAAGGAUAAAGCGCUUGUCCGUAAACCGUUGAAGGAAUUGUUAAGGCUGACGCAAACACUUUCAAUAUUUGUUGAACGGCUGUAUUGRACGCUUUUGUUGUGUGAUUAUUUUUUAGAAUUAGCAAUGUUAAUAACAAUUUGUUAGUAGUCUAGGUGUGUUAAUUAACAAUUAGACCUCGAGGUCCAGUGGACU